AUGGCUGGAGAUCAAUUACAAGUGCUUAAUGCACUUGAUGUAGCCAAGAUUCAACUCUACCAUUUCACAGCCAUUGUUGUUGCUGGAAUGGGCUUCUUUACAGAUGCCUAUGAUCUUUUCAGCAUUUCCUUAGUGACCAAGUUACUGGGGCGUAUAUAUUACACAGAGCCAGGCGCACCAAAGCCAGGCACAUUACCUCCUGCUGUUUCGUCUUCAGUGACUGGUGUGGCCUUAGUCGGAGCCCUAGCCGGGCAGCUAUUCUUUGGUUGGCUCGGCGACAAGAUGGGUCGGAAAAAAGUAUAUGGUAUGACUCUACUUCUCAUGGUUGUAUGCUCAGUUGCAUCGGGCUUAUCCUUUGGAUCAAGCCCAAAAGGUGUCAUGACUACACUUUGUUUCUUUAGAUUCUGGUUAGGGUUUGGUAUUGGAGGUGAUUAUCCUCUUUCAGCCACGAUUAUGUCCGAAUAUGCCAACAAGAAAACUCGUGGAGCUUUUAUUGCUGCAGUUUUUGCAAUGCAAGGGUUUGGUAUUUUGUUUAGUGGGAUUAUUUCUUUAGCUGUAUCAGCAGGAUUUGAUCACAAGUACAAGGCUCCAGCCUAUGAGGAUAAUGCUGUGGCCUCAUUGGUGCCACAGGCAGACUACAUUUGGCGUAUAAUUCUAAUGUUUGGUGCACUUCCGGCAGCCCUGACGUUCUACUGGCGCAUGAAGAUGCCAGAAACUGGUCGUUACACUGCUCUGGUGGCCAAAAACGCAAAACAGGCAGCUCAAGAUAUGGCCGAUGUGUUGAAUGUCGAACUCGAAGCAGAAGAAGAGAAAGUACGGAAACUCGCAGAAAGCAAAUCCAAUUCUUUCGGUUUAUUCUCCAAAGAAUUUGUUCGCCGCCAUGGUCUUCACUUAUUUGGAACAACUUCUACAUGGUUUCUUCUAGACAUUGCUUUUUACAGCCAAAAUCUUUUCCAGAAAGACGUUUUCAGUGCAGUUGGAUGGAUCCCACCUGCCAAAACCAUGAAUGCAAUUGAGGAAGUUUUUCACAUUUCUAAAGCACAAACAUUAAUUGCUCUCUGCAGUACUGUUCCAGGCUACUGGUUUACAGUAGCUUUUAUUGACAUCAUUGGACGAUUCGCAAUCCAAUUAAUGGGCUUCUUCUUCAUGACAGUCUUCAUGUUCGCCAUAGCCAUUCCUUACGAGCACUGGACAGAAAAGGCUAACAGAAUUGGAUUUGUUAUAAUGUACGCACUUACAUUUUUCUUUGCCAAUUUCGGGCCAAAUGCAACCACGUUUGUCGUCCCAGCUGAAAUUUUCCCAGCCAGGCUUCGGUCGACAUGCCAUGGAAUAUCUGCAGCUGCUGGCAAAGCUGGCGCCAUUGUUGGUGCUUAUGGAUUUCUCUAUGCUGCUCAAAGCAAAGACGCCUCGAAAACAGACGCUGGCUACCCACCUGGCAUUGGUGUGAGGAAUUCCCUUAUUGUUCUUGGCGUCAUUAAUAUACUGGGAAUGGUUUGCACUUUUGCUGUGCCUGAACCUAAAGGAAAAUCACUCGAGGAGGCAUCCAGAGAGAAUGUCGAUGAUCAAGAUGAACCUGUGGGGGCUUAA